AGAGAGCGCGCGCACGGAUAGUAGCGUGUGUACGGUGACCGAAAACGCACGGCAAAUUUGCGGGCUCCCAAUGUGAUUUAACCCGCGUCUCCUGGCAACCGGCCGGUCUGGAGGACCACUAUCCGCCGGUUAAGCUUAGCUGCACCGGGACCGUGGUACAGUUCGCCUUUCAUUCCAUCAUUGAGCUCCGGUGUGGAGCAGAGUAGCGGCUUUAUUCAUUCAGGAGCGCGCGGCGGAGCGUUUGUUUGUCGGUAACAUGCCGCAGGAAUCCUGAAAGGAAACCUCGCCGUUCAGUCCGGAUUGUUUUUGUUCUCGUGGAUUAAACUUGUGUCCGGGAUGGGAAAGGAGCAGGAGCUGCUGGAGGCGGCGCGGACCGGGAAUGUGGGGCUGGUGGAGAAGCUGUUGAGUGGGAAGAAAGGAUUGCUGGGCUCGGGCUCCGGAUCCAUACCUCUGCCCGGGUUACUCAGUAUGUGGAGAGGCCUCAAUGUCAACUGUGUGGACGGAUCAGGAUACACACCUCUGCACCACGCAUCUCUGAACGGACACAGGGACGUGGUAUUGAAGUUGUUGCAGUUUGAAGCCUCUACUAAUGUGUCCGACAGUAAAGGCUGUUUUCCUCUGCAUCUGGCUGCAUGGAGAGGUGACGUGGACAUAGUCCAGAUUCUGAUCCACCAUGGGCCUUCCCACAGCAGAGUUAAUGAGCAGAACCUUGAGAAGGAGACAGCGUUACACUGUGCAGCUCAGUACGGUCACUCCGAGGUGGUCCGUGUUUUGUUGCAAGAGCUGACAGACCCCAGCAUGAGGAACAGUCGAGGAGAAACGCCGCUGGACCUGGCCGCCCUCUACGGUCGCCUACAGGUGGUCCGCAUGCUACUGACGGCCCACCCUAAUCUAAUGAGCUGUAAUACACGCAAACACACACCUCUACACCUGGCUGCCCGCAAUGGCCAUUAUGCUACAGUUCAAGUGCUUCUGGAGGCCGACAUGGACGUUAACACACAGACAGAGAAAGGAAGUGCCCUCCACGAAGCCGCACUCUUUGGAAAGAUGGAUGUAGUUCAGCUACUGCUUGACUCAGGGAUUGAUGCCAACAUCAGAGAUUGCCAAGGAAGAACUGCACUAGAUAUACUUAGAGAACAUCCGUCUCAGAAAUCACAACAAAUUGCUUCUCUCAUACACGAUUAUAUGAUGUCAGAUUGUGACAGAGGGAAUUUUCACGAAGACUUAGCACGACAUCGGCCAAUACCUACACCACGCACUUCAAUACCGUCUCCUGUGCCCUCACCGUCUCUACGGCAUAAAAACGAUGCAGUAACAGGGGAGUUGUCCAAGCUGCUGAAUGAAAUAAAGAUUUGCCGUGAUAAGGAUUGCUCCUUCGAGGAGCUUUGUCAGACCAUCUCUUCUCACUCUCAGUCUAUGGAGAGCUUCGGCAGCGGGCGACUGUCAGACGAGGAACGCAACGGCACUCUAACCCGAAUAAACAAGCGUCCCACUCCCCCGUUACCCCCGGCGUUGGAGGAGGAGGAAAAGAGCUGUGGACCCUCAGGCCUGUGGGAGGCGCUCACUCCCUGCAACGGCUGCAGAAACCUGGGCUUUUCUCAGGACAAGCGAUGUGUUGAAAUUGCCCAUUCUCCAUCACUGGAUGUGUUUUUACCAGAGGAUGAGGACAACCCUUACGAGUCAGUGGCUACAGCUGUCACACGCAAGCCCUGCUCUCUAGACAUCAACCUUCACAACGCCUGUCCUCGCAACGGCCACUUCUCACAUGUGUCGGUCAGCGAUGCAGAGCGAGGUAACCAUGGAGAUGACUCUACAGGCUUGACUCCUGACUGCUCGCCUCCUUCACCUGAUACAGCCCUCAGGAACAUCGAAAGAGUCAUUCGCCCGCAGCCAAAGCAACGCACAUCACUGUCCUCCUCCCAGGACGUCCAGAAGCCCCUGCAGAACCACAGCGGGGAUCCCUCGGAGGUCAGCUCAUCACUGGGAUAUGCCAGCUUCAGCACCAGCCCGCCUGCCAGCCCUCCAAUCAGCCCUGCAAACUGCUCAACUGGGUCAGCUGAAGACUACGCCCUCACUGAUGAAGCAACGUACCAGAAGGAGUGCAUAGAGCGAGACGACCGGAGAAACAGCCACGUUCCUGAGCAGUUCGCUGGCCUUCUUCAUGGUUCAUCUCCUGCCUGCGAAUCUCCUGACAACCCUUACCAACUUUACGGAAAAGUGCGAAAGUUCAGUGUUCCUGAGCCUCCGCUCAGGCACGGGAAUUUCCUCCGAGCACCAGAGUACUCUCCUCCCUUCCCUCGCACUGGCAGCGAGGCGUCUGCUCUUAAAACUCAAAGAGAAGUCAAACCGCAGGUAGUCUACAGGACGAUUUUUCACACCAGGGUCAACCAGGGUCCAGUAACGUUUGGCGAACAAGUGGACAAGACCACAGGGGUGCAUGCAAGGAACGGGGAGGCCCGGAGCAACUGCACAGGUGGCUCUAGUCCAGCAAACAGCAAUACAGGCUACGAAGAAAGAGCCUGCACUCUUGGGAGGAUGAGGUCUAUGCCAAAAAACGUUUUGGACCUUCAGCUGUCCCGAAACUUCUCUAAAUCAGACUCUAACCUGGUGGCUGUGUCUCCCAUUGAAGAGGAGCAGUGGGGUUCCAGAGGGCAGAGCAGCCCUGGUAAAAGCAGCCCCAGCAGACUAGAGCGAACCCCCUCCUUUACCGCAGAGUGGGAAGAGAUUGACAAGAUUAUGAGCUCCAUAGGUGCAGGAAUUGGCACAGAGAUGGAGGGGAUUACAGAGGAUCACCCAGGCCCCCGUUGCCCCGUCCAGUCUGUGGGACAGUGGCUGGACAACAUUGGGUUGGUGCAGUAUGAAAACCACCUGCUGUCUAACGGCUUUGACAACGUUCAGUUUAUGGGCAGUAAUGUUGUGGAGGACCAGGACCUGCUGGAGAUUGGGAUUUUAAACUCUGCCCACAGACAGCGACUUCUUCAGGCUAUUCGCCUUUUGCCCAGGGUGCGGCCCAUUGGUUAUGAUGGAAAUAAUCCCACCUCAGUGGCUGAAUGGCUGGAGUCUCUGGAGUUGGGAGAUUACACCAAGUCCUUUCUCAUCAAUGGCUACACGUCUAUGGAGCUGGUCAAGAAGAUCUGGGAGAUCGAGCUCAUCAACGUUCUUAAGAUUAAUUUGAUCGGCCACAGGAAAAGAAUACUAGCGUCACUCGGAGAUCGACUGCACGAAGACCCUCCACAGAAGCCACCACGGGCCAUUUCCCUACGGGAGCCGACUGGGAACCACACUCCCCCUCAGCUGUCCCCGUCUCUGAGUCAGGCCUACCCCAACGCCGGCUCUCUGGACGUCCAGCACCUCAUCAUGCAGGCGGAUGCCAGACGCAGACGCAACGACAACUACUUUGAGGAUGUGCCGCGCUCUAAACUAGAGAGACAGAUGGCACAAGUCAGUAUGCAAGGUGAAUGGUGUGAGCCCAUCACGCUACGACCCCCAAAUGAGGCGACGUCGUCUACACCGGUGCAGUACUGGCAACACCAUCCAGAGAAGCUCAUCUUCCAGUCCUGUGACUAUGAAGCAUAUUAUCUGGGCUCGAUGUUGGUGAAGGAGCUGCGCGGUACAGAAUCCACACAUGAUGCCUGUGCAAAAAUGAGGAAGUCGACAGAACAGAUGAAGAAGAUCCCCACCAUAGUACUGUCUGUCUCCUAUAAGGGCGUCAAGUUCAUCGAUGCUACUAACAAGAACAUUAUCGCGGAGCAUGAGAUCAGGAAUAUCUCUUGUGCGGCUCAGGAUCCUGAAGAUUUGUCCACAUUUGCAUACAUCACCAAGGACCUGAAAUCCAGCCAUCAUUACUGCCAUGUGUUUACAGCCUUCGAUGUGAAUCUGGCCUAUGAGAUUAUCUUGACGUUAGGCCAGGCGUUUGAGGUGGCAUAUCAGCUGGCUUUGCAGGCCAGAAAGAGUGGCCACGGGUCUUCAACUCUGCCUGAGAGCUUCGACAGCAAACCCUCCAAACCUGUACCUAAACCACGUGGAAACAUACGCAAGUCUAUGGAACAGCCCUCAAUGGAUCAAAAGGGCCACGCUAACGUCCCCUGGAUAGUCGAGCCUGGACAGGAAGCCAAAAGAGGAGCCAACACCAAGUAUGAGACCACUAUUUUCUAAUAUACACCCAAAAUACUGUCCACUCCUGUGUGUGUGCCUUACAGAGAGCCCUCUAGAGGCCCACGGAGCCACGGGCCCAGUGACCUGUGCCAAGCCCGCGUCUCUCCGCCCGGCCAAGCCGCCCGUUUACCGUGGCUUCUGCAUGAUGACGCUGCCGCUGUCUUUUCUCUCCUUCAAACGUUUGCCCCCCUCUCUCUCUCUUUCUUUUCUCUCUCUCUAUCUCUCUCUCUCGCCCUCCUCACCCUGGCCGCAGCUCGAUACGGGACUGUCCCGCUGAGCCCUCAGGGCCGCCACGCUGCCGAUCCUCCUUCAAAACACAAACACACAGUCAAAAAGCGCUUGUUUUUCAUUCAGUUUUCCCUCCCCUCAGUCCUCUUUUGAUUUCUCCUUCCCUCCGUUCCUCGCUAUUCUUUCCUCGGCUUUUCCGGAAAGCACCUCUCCAGCCUCCCCCCCCCUCGACUGCUUGAAUGACCACUUAAACCGUAAUGCUGCUACAAGCCUUAUAAACACACAUUGUUUUUUUAGUCUUUCUAUCUUUCUUUCUUUCUGACUAGACAGCGUAGGGUUAUAGAGAGGCGAUCGCUCACCCAGAGAUUUUUGUGAGGGUUGUGGGGCAUCUGAAACGGCUGGCAUAGAAGCGGAGAUUGGACUUCAUCCGAAGGACAUUUUGCUUGUUUUAUAGUUCAUUUUUAGUAUCAGCUAAAAAAAAAAUUGAAACCUUCUCUCAUUUAGGGAAGAUUUUUGUUGUUGUAUUUUCUUUUUUUUUUAAACAGAACACAAGUUAUGAGCUUGUUUUAGUCGGAACUUAAAAGUAUUUGUGGACGCAGACGUUUAGCUUUUAACGAAGGCUUACUUUACGACGAGACAUUCGCAAAACGAUGGUCUCUCGAAUCGCGCGUUUUUCUUCUUUUCCGUUGUAUUUUCUUUCCUUCUCUCCCUUUUUUGAUUUUGCCAGUGAAUGAAAACCGAGCCUGUCCUGAGACAUGCAGUGUAGUUGAUGGAAAGCAUGCAGUCCAUGUGACCUGGAGAAGGGGGGGCUUUUUUUUUUUUUGAUGGACACUCUGGAUAAGUGAUGUGAUUUCAUUCACAGGGCAAUGGCGGACGCCCAUGUCUAUUACAGUGGAAUUCAGAGAAUGUAGCCUGCCCCUAACAUGGACCCUCACUCUCACAUGCAUUGCAAAAAAGGACCGCAAAAUACGGAAGCUAAAAGCGUCACCGGAGCGCAUGUGUAAGGAUUCGCACGAGGACUUUUUGGACUGGGACUUGGCGUACGCGUACAAGGACUGCCGAUAUAUGGACCCGUGGCCUUUUAACGAAACACUCGCAUGCGCGCACACACACACACACACACACACACACACACACACACACACACACACACACACACACACAAACACACACAUACAUACACUUCAUAUUAAAGAAAACAAAAAAUCAAUAGGAGGAGCCUGUGGAUUUGAAUGUACACGCAGGGCAGCGAGUUGACUUUUGUUUCCGAAGGACGGCGGAAGAUAUUGGACUUUGUCGCACGAAAGGCGAAUUCCUCUGCGACAAGGACACACUACACAGACUUUUCACUAAAUAUCUAGUCCAAAUUACCAUGGCAUGUCUGGACUGGGUUUAAAAUGGACAUUUACAUCAAUUUCUGUAUUUUUUUUUUUGUUUUGUUUUCCGUUUACUUUCUUCUUUCUUUCUUUCUUUCUUUCCUUCUUUCUUUAUUUUCUUGGUUUGUUUGUGGUUAAAGAUCUAAAAAAAUAUAUGAAUAUGCACAAAUGUGAAUGGACUCAUUGCACUGGACAACCAUGAAAUGGACGCGUCUCGUGCCAAAAUCACUACGUUUGUUGACGCCAUGCAGAUUAAUAUUCAUAUUGGCAAGAAAUUUUAAUGUUUAAUAGAAAAAUAUAUUACCUUUACUGUAAUAUUUACAAUUAUUAUAAUUAAUUAUUCUUAUUGUGCAAUUCUCGUCUGAUGUUGUCUUAAUGUUACAUUAUUUUUAUAUGAUGCGUCGAGCUUGAAUGCGCAGCCAUCCGAUAAAACAAACAAAGAAAAAAGAUUAUUCUAGUACUACGGAGGAACUGAAUGUGCGGAUGGCUCCAAUGAAAUAUGAAAACAGAUGUCUUAUUUUCACUCAUUGUCACUGUAGAGUUUUGCCACAGUUCUGUAAAUAAAUAUUUUGUUGACUCAUUGUUCAUAUAUGUAAUUAAAAAAACAACAACAACAACAACGUGUCUAAAGAAUAACAAAAAAAAAGAAAAUCCAAGAAAUGAAAUUGGUAAACAAGGUACCAAAUUUGGCAGAUCAAAGAAAACAUUGGUAUGAGCAACGGGUGGAUUUGUGACAUCAUUGCGGACUAACAUAUGUGUAGAUAGGCUUGGGCUUCCAGCACACAGAUUUUGUAAGUUUGGUCUUUUAUUUAUAUUCUUGCAAAGCACACGGAAUAAAUCCAGAUUGUAGAACCAUU